GCCUGGCGGAAGGACAGCGGGACAGCUCCCAGCUUUUGGGUGUUUUCGGUGUUAGGGCUCCGGCCGAAACUCUACAACACCGAUUUCACCACAAGCCACUCACGAUGGAGGCCAGAAGAGCGGAGUUAGAACGGAAACGCCAGAAGUUGGAGCAGCUACGCAUGGAACGGCUUAAGAAAAGGAGAAAGGAGAAGAAAGACAGCAGGUUGAAUGACGUUGACGACGGGCCGAAAUCGAGAUCGGACCAUGCCAUCGACCCUGACGAGUUGUUAUCGUCGUUGGGAAUAACGUUGACGCGAGAUUUGAGUGUGAGCAGCGUGUCGACGCCUCCCACGGGCUCGCCGAACGCGAGCAGCACUGCUUCCAGCCUCGACCACCAGUCUCUGCCGACGCAACAGGAACCUCAGCAGCAGCAGCAGGCACCGGCCAAGGUUCAGAAAAAACCUAAGCUGAGCAUCUGUACGGUGCACCAGACAACAUACCACCCGAGAGAACGUCACAUACAACAAGCAGACACAGACGCCCCCUCAGGUGAAAGGGAUGCUCACCCACUGGAUUACUAUGACGACGGUCACUUUGUUUUUCCUACCGCAAUAGAAUGGGAUGACGAGUUUCAAGUGUUGACUUUUGGGGACGUCCUAGCGGAAGAAGACGGCUCCUCGCUGGGAGCAGUGGUGGAGGGGGCGCUACCUCUGCAUGAGCCACACCAGCACAAGGUGACAGGUCUGCCCCACAUCGAGCCUGUACGGCCCGCCCAGACACCUGCCGAGGGAGCCACUGAUGGACACAGGGCAGCUGCAGAACAGGACAAGCCUAAAGUGCCUCGUGAACUGAGCGAGGAAGAAAGGCUGCAGAUCCUUCUGAGCGACGACUUCCGCAGCUUCCUGUCCCGCUCUGCACGUGUCAUUGAACGAGCACUGUAUGAGAAUGUGGACAUCUGCAUCGACUACAGUGGCACCACAGAAGAGCAGGACAGUGAUGACAAGAGCGGCAUCAAGCUGUCCAUGAACAGGGUGUUCGCAGAUGACCGGUGGUCCAAGAACAGGAUUGUCACCAGUUUUGACUGGUCUUCACAGUUUCCGGAGCUUCUGGUAGCGUCAUAUGGAAACAACUAUGAUUCUCCAAAUGACCCUGAUGGUGUCUGCCUCGUAUGGAACAUGAAAUUCAAGAAAACCACACCUGAAUACAUCUUCCACUGUCAGUCAGCAGUGGUGUCGGCAUGCUUCGCCAAGUUCCACCCAAACCUCAUCAUUGGAGGCACCUACUCUGGCCAGAUCGCACUUUGGGACAAUCGGAAUAGCCGGCGAACACCUGUCCAACGGAGCCCUCUUUCAGCCGCUGCGCACACACACCCCGUCUACUGUGUCCAAGUAGUCGGUACACAGAAUGCACACAACCUGGUGAGCGUAUCUACAGAUGGCAAGUUCUGUACCUGGAGCCUUGACAUGCUGUCAGCGCCGCAGGACGUACUGGAUCUGACACAGCAGAAGCAGUCACGUGCCAUUGCGGUCACCUCUCUCUCAUUCCCCAUGGGCGACUGCAAUAACUUCAUCGUAGGCAGUGAGGAAGGCGCUGUUUAUACAGCUUGUCGGCACGGCACCAAGGCAGGCAUAUUGGAGGCAUUUGAAGGUCAUCAAGGUCCCGUGACAGCAGUGCAUUCACACGGUUGCCAGGGCCAAGUGGACCUGUCGCACCUCUUUCUCACGUCUUUCGACUGGACUGUCAAGCUCUGGAGCCUGAAGGAGUCCAAGCCCAUCUACUCAUUUGAAGACAAUGGGGACUAUGUGUAUGAUGUCAGAUGGUCCCCUGUGCACCCAGUGUUUGCAUGCGUUGAUGGCACAGGACGACUUGACCUAUGGAACCUCAACAACGACACAGAGCUCCCCACAGUGAGUGAAGUGGUGGAUGGAAGCCCUGCACUGAACAGGGUUAUCUGGACACCUUCAGGACACCAAGUGGCUGUGGGCGACGACGCUGGAAAAGUCUGGGUCUACGACGUUGGGGAGCAACUGGCCGUGCCAAAGAAUGACGAGUGGUCCAGGUUCGUGCAGUCUCUUCAAGAGCUGAAGAACAAUCAGGCCGACCAGGAGCUCGACAGCUUCAACCUGGCGCCUACAACAGUGACUCUGUCCUCGUCCUCACCGCUUUCCUCGUAUGCCUGAUCGAUGUUCUCCUUGUGCGAGGACAGCCGGAGGUGCCAUUCUGCAGCGACCACCAACCACACUGCUGUGCAGCUAAUUUAUGCUUUCGCAUGCCACGUUGUAAUUUAAGAAGUCUGCGAACGCUGGGGGUGAAAGGAACACAGAUUUUCUGUUACCGCUCUUCUUGUUGCUCGUGCGGCUGAAAGAAUGUGGGAAGGGCUGAAGGUUCUGCUCACGUCACAGAACCUGCGUGUGUACACAUGUACAGAGUAGGCAACAUUUCUAUAGAGAGAGAGAGUAAAUUAAAACUUGACAUGCAGCGACAUUGGUUGCAGUCCUAGUGUUUACCCCUUUCCUUGUUGCACAUCCCCUUUUGUGCAUACACGUAUGGGUGGCGCUGUCGCUUGUUCCAGUGGUCUGUAUUAAAGGGGGAAUCGUGUAGCAUUUAUAAAUAAAGUUACGAUGAUGUGCAUAUUUAUUGCUGCGCAAA